GGAGUGGUCAAGAAGUAAACAGGGCCGGAGAACUUGAGACUGAUCUGCAAUUUUUGGUCCAAUAGUUCAAGUUUCUGCAUAACUGGACAAAAUGCAACGGUCCGUUCUUCGGCUGGCUUCUUCGUUACUUGCGCAGCAGAAGACACCCGUCUUCCAGAAAGGGCAGCUGGCUUCAGCGUUUCUUGUGACCAACCAGAAACUGUCGACGACAGCCGCUGUGCAUGACGGGGACCGGAAGCUGUACGAACUCCGUACUUACUCCAUCCGGCCGGACUGUUUCGGAGACUUCCUGAAACUUUCGGACGAAAAGAUGCACAUGCGCAUGGAACACUCCAAGCUGAUUGGCUACUGGAGGACGGAGCUGGGCGGCAUCAACGAAGUUGUCCAUAUUUGGGAAUAUGACAACUUUUCUCACCGCGCGGCGGUGCGCCAGGCCCUGGCGGCGGACCCGGAGUGGGUCGGCAAGUAUUUCUCCAAGAUCCUGCCGAUGCUGGUGAAACAAGAAAACGUCGUCAUGCACCUGAUGCCGUGGGCUGAACAGAGGACGCCGUCCAAGGCCGGAGGUGUGUACGAGCUCCGUUCGUACCAGCUGACGGCAGACCAGCAGUGGCAGGACCCGCUCCGACGCGCUGUGCAGGCCGCGGAGAAGGCCAAACUCGUGCCGUGCGAGCUGCUCGGCGUCUAUCAGAGCGAGUUCGGGGAGUUCAACAGAGUUUACCAGCUGUGGUUCAACGAAGGAUUCCCGGCCCUUGACGCCAGGCAGGAGGCGAGGAAGAAAGUCGUCGACCAUCCUGACAUUAUAGCAGCGGUGCCCAGGGAAACUGCAAAGGAGCUGAUAGACUAUGAACAGCUGUCCUGGCUGACCAGUAUCCCCGGCCUCAGUGACAAAUACAGUCCAGAGUCGAGUGCUGAUGCCCACAGAACAUUUAUGGAAAACUACCACCGCAUGUUUUUAAAACCGACUCCACUAUCCGCCCUAGUUCCCAGCAAGACAGCCUCCGCUAGGAGUAGUUACAGCAAAGGGCCGGAAAAGUCCAAGCACACGUCUCUGAUGUCAGUCGGUUCGCUGACGUCCCAGAAGGUUGGUAAGUUGGCGCCCCUGCAGGAGACGAGUCACGACAUCAGAGUUCACCUGUCCAAACUACACAGGGAGCAGCGGAGGGAAAACCCACAACAACAGAGACAGGCAUGCAUCCGGACACUGCGCAAGAUUCUCAGGAAAAUGCCGUUUGAGCGUUCUGCCCGUGAACACCACAUGGUGUACAAGGGUCUGCAGCUGUUCUCCACCCUGGCUGACCAGGUCAGCAACGAGGUGCUCAAGGAGAUGGCCACUGUGGCCAAACUGGACGUCUGGAGGGAGACCGGCGUACCUGUAUUUGGUAAUCAGGGGUUACACCUGGUGCUGAAAGGCAGCGUCAGACCCCAGACUCUCCCCUACAUCAAGCUGCUGAGUCAAGUGGCAGAGUUUGACUGUCCUACUCCCAUUAUGGAGGAUAUCACGCCAGAGCUUGGAGUUGGAGACUGUUUCGGAACUCUAGAGAGAGUGGAAGGAAGAGAGUCCAACAGCAGAAUUUUGACAGUGCUGACCCAAGAGCCCUGUGAGUUCCUUAUCAUCUAUGGCAAUGACUACAAGAAGGUGGUUGAGCAACUUGAGCACAGAGACAAGUCGGAGAAGACCCAGCUGGUCCAGGCCUGCCCAGUGUAUCAGCUGUGGCCGCGCCUCGCUGUCGGACAACUGGCCAGGAUCAUCAGCUGGGAGCAGUUCGACCCAAACUGGGUGGUGGUGACAGAAGGCAGUAAGGCUCCCUUCAUAGCCUUCAUCAAGUCAGGAGAGUGCCACGUGCUGCGGGAGGUCGAGGCACUCCACAAACUACCAAAUGGCCAACGGGUGAAGAAGAGAAAACAGGUGGUGGUCGGCAGGCUGAAGGAGUUUGAGUCGUUCGGAGAGGUCAGCGUCCUGGAGAACGUUCCCUUCACCUGUUCCGUUGUCACGGCAACCCCCGUUACCAUGGGAGUCAUCACCGAGGAGAAAUUAUCAGAACUUGAUGACACGACACGCCAACUGCUGCUUCAGUCUGCUGCACCGAACUUCGCCCAUCUUUCUCAGGAUGACAUCCACGAUGAAUACAUGUCUCAAGAAAUGAAAAGAGAGUGGAACGAAUAUAAGCAUGGAAUUGUGAUCGAGUCCAUCAAUGCUCUUGGCAUCCGCCCAGGCUACGGGAAGUGGAAAAAGUCAUAAUCAUGACUUACUAGUAUGCUGCAUCUUAAAGAAAGUGGAAGUCAUCUUGAACCUGGGUUUGUAACUCAAGUGAACGCAAUGAAAAGAUGAGCUACUCUUCCACCGUUUGUGGCAGAGAAGACGCUGUGUACAGCUGGGAUUCGAACUCACGACCUCUUAGUCCAGAGACAGGGUCACUAACCACUGGACUAGCUUAAUGCUGCAUCUUUCCUUUACUGUUGUAUAUAAAUUAUAAGUCUGAAAAAGACAAUGCAUACUGAGUAUGGAAGGAAAGACAACUGUGAAUACGUAUUGGCCCAGUGUACAGGUUCUUGCCAUUGCUGCAUUUAACAAGA